AAUGAGCUGCUGGGGAAGCCAUAUGUAUCUGCUACGCUACAUGCUCCACCAGUAAACUGUCAGGCCUAUUGAGCUCGUGGAUUUUCUUUGCUAUGGCUCCAUCUGAGGAAUCGAUUCUCUCUAACUUUCUCAUUUCGCCAUCACCACUCCCUAGGAUCAUAUCUCUUGAGAAAUUUACGGAGCUCUUCCCAAAGAAACUAAGGUCUCAUCCCCAGAUCAGGACUCUCUAUCGCGAGCUACAGCAUGUCCGGGCUCAGGAUAUUGCCUUGGUCAAAGAAAAUAUUGAGAGAGAGGUCAAGAACGGAGAAAAACAAAAGGAAGAGCUCCGACAAUCUUAUGCUCAAAGAGGCGUAUCCAAUCUAGAUGCACGCGAUAAAAUGGAAAUAGACAUGGACAUUCAAUUAUUCGGCCAGCCUUCCACCACUGCUCCGGAAGACGCUCAUACCCUUGACACCAUUUUACCGGAAAUGCAACGUGCCAUAUCUGCCGUGGAAAAGGAAAUCGAAGCCACCGAGAAAGAGUGCUCUUCUAUUCUAGCAGGCCUUACUACGACAGUUGAAGAGCUCAGCGACCUGCGCUACGGGAAGCUCAACAACCUUCCUGGUGCGGAUAUUACCAUCGCGGAAGACGUAGUAAAAGGAUUGAAUAACCUUAAGGACAUCUGCAAUUCGUCUAUGAAGUGAUCGAUGAACAAUAAAGCUCCAGGUAUUCUUGUGGGCGGGGAUCCUUCAACGUCCACCUGGAUCUGUUCCCCGUGUUUCGAUCACAUCAACUCCGUAUAGAUGGAGGCAUUCCCAAAG